CGCGGUUUUCCGUCGUCGCCGCUGCCACCGCGUGUCCGUUGAUCGGCGCUCGCUCGCUCGCACGUGUGUAUUGGUGUUGGUGUUGGUGGUGGUGGUGGUGGUGGUGGGGUGGUGGUGAUACGCGUACUCGCGCCAAAUUUGUCAUCGUCAUCGUCAUCUCUCAUCGUCUCCGAACGAAGCGACGACGAACGUCGCGCGAACGCGUUCGUCGGGAUAUCGACCGGCUGUGCAAUCGUUCAUCGCGAGGGCGAUCCUGGUAGAGUCGCGUCGACGUGCCGCAACGACCUGCGCGGCUGUACCUGCGGCACUUAUACGCACGCGAGGGAAGCCAAGAAGAAUCGGAAUUUAUGGAUCUUUAAAGUGCCGCGUCGCCUUUCUGGCGAAGAAAAAUUGCGGCCAAGAAUCAGAGCCCUUUGGCAGACUUUUUCUCUUUACGUGCCACGUGGUCAGAAUGGGCGUAUUCUAAGCAAAUCGAGUGACCGUUGACUGACCGUACGGGAAUGAGGAAAACAUUCUUGAGAUCGGAUCGCGUACGGCUAAUUCGGGACUUGACCGUGACCACGACACGAGACUCGGUCGCGACGCGUUCGAGGGAAGAGGGGGGGGGGGAGGAAAGCGAGAGGGGCCACGAGGACGGCGGAGGUACUCCGGGCAGGUCGCCGACGAUUCCCCCACAUUCGGGCGAACGAGCAGCACGCUCGGCACGACGAGACGUUCCGUGGUACGAUCGUUCGAUUUCAAAAAAUGACGUUCUAGGGAACGUCUGACGUCACUCGAAUCGUGAAGUCGUCGCAGCGACGGAGAAAAAGCGACCGAUCGGAUCUUCCAAGGAGUUAUCGUUAACACCAAACCGAAAGAGAACGAGAGAGAGAGAAGAGAGGAUCCACGAAAGGGAUCUGAUGGAGCGGGAAGACGCGAACGGAAAUGCGGAAGGAUACUCCAACGGAGAAGAUACGGAGGACACGGCGACCGCGAGCGAGCGGAGCACGCCGGAAGGAUUCGACUCCCUCGAGGACUCGUCGCUGGAGAUGGAGCAGUCGGAUACCGGCCGGAGGACGAGCAUCUUCAAGUACCACUCGUACAAGAACGCAGACACAAUGCCGAAUCCAGUGAAAAAAACAGGACCUCUUGUUGGCGUAGUUGAUGUUGGCACGCGGACUGUUCGUUUUGUGGUAUUUAAUGCGAAACACGUUGCGGAGGUUGCAUCUCAUCAAAUCGACAUAGAGCAAAUCAGUCCGCAAGAGGGGUGGAUGGAGCAGGAUCCCAAAGAGAUCCUUUUUGCAGUGAAGGCCUGCAUUAAGGACGUAAUUCGUAAAUUAGAUGUGCUGGGUAUGAAGAUCGACGAAAUCGUUACAGUGGGUAUUACCAAUCAAAGAGAAACUACGAUAGUGUGGGAUGCGAUUACCGGCGAUCCGCUUUAUAAUGCCAUAGUGUGGUCCGACAUCAGAACAGAUGCGAUUGUAGAUCAAAUCAUAGCGAAGUUCCCAGAUCAAAGUAAGAAUCACCUGAAGCCUUUAUGCGGUUUGCCCGUGAGUCCGUAUUUUUCGGCUUUAAAGAUUCGUUGGUUGAAGGCUCAUGUGCCGGCCGUAAGGAAAGCAAUUCGUGAGAGGCGAUGCAAAGUGGGGACCAUGGAUACGUGGGUUGUUUGGAAUUUAACGGGUGGCAAAGACGGUGGAUUAUAUAUCACUGAUGUUACAAAUGCAUCGAGAACAAUGUUAAUGAAUAUUGAGACGCUUUCUUGGGAUCCUACAUUAUGCAGAUAUUUCGACAUUCCUAUGCAAAUGCUGCCGGAGAUCAGAAGCAGUUCCGAAAUAUACGGCAAAAUCUUAAUUGGUCCACUGUCUGGCAUUCCCAUAUCCGGCAUUUUAGGUAAUCAACAAUCUGCUUUGGUUGGGCAAAAUUGCUUGAAAAAGGGUCAAGCGAAAAAUACAUAUAGAAGUGGCUGCUUUUUACUGUGUAAUACAGGACAUACGAGAGUAUACUCUUCCCAUGGAUUAGUUACAACUGUCGCAUAUCAGCUAGGUCCGAAAAUUCCACCUGUCUAUGCGUUAGAAGGCUCAAUUGCGGUUGCAGGUGCAGCUAUUAAAUGGCUGCGGGAUAACAUGAAACUCAUAAAGGAUGUUCAUGAAAGUGAACAUUUGGCUCAAAGUGUAUUUAGCACGGGAGAUGUCUAUUUUGUGCCAGCUUUCACAGGAUUAUACGCACCUUAUUGGAGAAAAGAUGCAAGAGGAAUAAUUUGUGGACUCACUGCGUUUACUACGAAGCAACACAUAAUCAGAGCAUCCCUCGAAGCGGUAUGCUUUCAGACUAGGGACAUUCUCGAAGCGAUGUACAAAGAUUGUGGAUUUCCAUUAACGAAGUUAAAUACAGACGGAAAAAUGUCGACUAACAAUCUUCUUAUGCAGUUGCAGGCCGACUUGUGCGGUACACCAGUAUUUAGGUCAACUAUGCCUGAUAUCACGGCUUUAGGUGUAGCAAUGGCUGCUGGACACGCUGAAGGAAUAGACGUUUGGGAUUUGGAAGGCGAAGAGGUAGAAACAGUGCCAACCGACACUUUUCUUCCGACUACCACACCAGAAGAGAGAGAUGCGAGAUAUAAGAAAUGGAAAAUGGCAGUAGAAAGGAGCUUGGGUUGGGCGACAGGAAAAAUGUCCAAUCAAAUGACAGAUGAAAGAUUCUGUAUACUAGCAUCCAUUCCUGCCAGUUGGUUUUUAAUAUCAAGCUUCGUUCUCCUGCGGUUAAGUUACUAUUUAGCGAACCGGUGACGUCAAGUCAACGUUAUCAAUGUACAAGUUACCUUAGAAGGCGGAAGAUAGCUCUAAUUGCAGUCCAGAAGAAAACUUAGUGAAAUAAUCUACAGCAUGCUCACUCCCACGUACAUCGGUACGUGCAACGUAUUAUGAAAUGAUCAGAAAGAUAAAAUUACUUUUAGAGUAAAUGCGUUCCAUACACUUCGGUACGCCUUAUCAGUUCUAUGUUCCAUAGUUGAGAAAUAUACCACAGUAUCAUUGAUUUUUUUAUUUGAAAAUUGAUAGUGCAAUCAGCACAAAAUAUUGUACAUUAAUGUCUGUGUAUAAUUUUAUUUUAUUCUCUGUGAAAUAAUGAUAUCAGAUUUCUUGUGGGAUUUAUGAUGGAACAAUAUCAGAAUGUUUGUGGGAUUUGUAUUUUGAUUCACUUCAUUGCGUGCAUAUAAUUCCAUCUUUGUUAUUAUUAUUAUUAAUUUAAGAUAUGUAUACAAUUUUCAAUUACACAUGUAUCAUAUAAUACUGUUUUAUUCAUGAUUUUGUAUAACAUGGGUUUUACUCCAUUCACAUCAGUGGUCUAUUUCAGGAUAUUACUAAGAAAUAAAGAUACGUUUAACUCAAUC